ACCAAUUAGCAGCAGAAUAUGCCACAACUUCUGGGAGCAGGAAAGACCUCUCCUAGCUUCCUACUGGAUAUCUUUAUUAGCACUUCCGUAGAUUCUGUGAAAAAGAAGAAAUAAAAGGAAAUCACCCACAUCUUCGAAAUGUUUUUCAAAAUGAAAAAUGAGAUAGACGAUGACCCCGAAUCAGAAAAAUACAUCAAGGAUUCCAUCAUCAUGAGAAGAGAGCCCCAAAAUGUCCUUAGUCCUUUGGUGCUCCCUAACCUUGAGAUCCCAUUCUCAGUAAAGGAUAUCAUCUCUAGGAUUGAGCGUGCACAGCUCCAUCGAGCAAGAGAGGACAUUGAUAUGCAGCUGAGUGAAAUAAUGAACAAUGUGCAUCGGAUAAUGACUCGCUAUACUCUUGUUUUUAACUCGUCCUCUGAAAGGAAUGUCUCCCUUACAGAACAAAAGAAAAAACAGAGAACCAAUUUUCUUGAGAAAAUGGCUACUUAUGCUAAGACUGUUGAAAUUAGAGAAAAGACUCUUGCCAACAUUCUGGUCUGGUUGGAAGAAUGGAAUGCCGUUUUGUCUGAGAUGACUCUAAUGGAUGUUGAUGAACACCACCACUGGAUAGCACAAAUGGAGAUGUUACCAGACAUGUUAAAAGCUAUUGAGAAAAAUGUCAAGAUACUAAGCAGAUUUAGUACAUCUUUCCUUGAUGAAAAGAAGAAACAAAAGAAAAAAAUAUUAUCUAGAGGUACUCUAUGGAAAUCUUGGAAAGAAAAAGUUAUAAAACGACCUUCAACAGCCCAUGCUUUAAGACCAGAUCAGAUGAUUAGUGAUCAAUUUGCAACAAAUACAAAGGUUUCAGAAAUCCAAGGUAUGCUACAGGAACUCAUAGGCACCACAAUGUUCAGUACGUUGGAAAACAAUGCUAUUAAAUAUAUAUCAUCAACAAUAGUAAAUCUUUCUAAAGCUUUGAGUAUGCUAAAUGAUGAAUUAAAAGGUGUUACCUUCCAAAGUUCCACUGUGUGUGUACAUGAGACAAGUGAAGCAGAAAAGGAGCUCUCUCUGAAGGUAAUACAAGAUCUCAGUAACGAAAAUGAAAUGCUUCAGCAGAAACUUCAUGAUGCAGAAGAAAAAUGUGAACAACUUAUUCGAUCCAAAAUUGUUACAGAACAAGUAUAUGCAAUAUUGUCCACAUCAUCAACCUUGAAAGUGUUACCUGGACCUUCUCCACAGUCAUCCAGGGCCAUUAUCAAAGUUGGUGAUACUGAGGACAAUAUGGACAAUAUUUUAGACAAGGAACUUGAAAAUAUUGUAGAUGAAGUCCAAAGAAAAGAGACCAAGGACUCUGGGAUAAAAUGGGAGUCCAGCAUUUCAUAUACAGCCCAAGCUGAAAGAACUCCAGAUUUAACUGAACUGCAACAGCAACCUGUUGCUUCUGAAGAUAUUUCUGAAGAUAGCACUAAAGAUAACGUAUCACUGAAGGAAGGUGAUGUCUAUCAGGAAGAUGAGACUGACGAGUAUCAGUCAUGGAAAAGAAAGCACACAAAAGGCACACAUGUAUCUGAGACCUCUGGACCAAAUCUGUGGGAUAAUAAAGGUGGACAGAAAGUCUCAGAGGCCAAACCUAGUCAAUACUAUGAGUUACAAGCACUGAAAAAGAAAAGAAAAGAAAUGAAAUCCUUUCCUGAAGACAAAUCAAAGUCACCCACUGAAGCAAAAAGAAAACAUCUCUUUUUAACUGAAACAAAGAGUCAAGGUGGCAAAAGUGGAACAAGUAUGAUGUUGGAGCAAUUUAGGAAGGUCAAACGUGAAUCUCCAUUUGACAAACGCCCGACUGCAGCAGAGUUUAAAGUGGAACCCACCACUGAGUCGUUGGACAAAGAGCGCGAAGGUGAAAUUAGCAGCCUAGUGGAGCCACUCAAUAUGAUCCAAUUUGAUGAUACCGCUGAGCCACAGAAAGUAAAAAUAAAAGGAAAGAAACACCAUAUCUCUUCAGGAACUACCACAAGCAAAGAAGAAACAACCGAAGAGAAUGAAGUGUUGACCAAACAAGUCAAGUCUCAUCAACCUGUUAAAUCACUCUCAAGAGUGGCUAAAGAGACUUCAGAAUCUACUAGAGUUCUAGAAAGUCCAGAUGGCGAAAGUGAACAGAGUAACCUUGAAGAAUUUCAGAAAGCCAUAAUGGCUUUCCUAAAACAGAAAAUUGAUAACACGGGAAAGCCUUUUGACAAAAAGACUGUUCCGAAAGAAGAGGCGUUAUUAAAAAGAGCAGAAGCUGAAAAACUAGGAAUUGUAAAGGCAAAAAUGGAGGAAUAUUUCCAAAAAGUGGCUGAAACUGUGACUAAAAUCUUGAGAAAAUACAAAGAGAUAAAAAAGGAAGAACGAGUUGGACAGAAACCUAUAAAACAAAAAAAGGUAGUCUCAUUUAUGCCAGGAUUGCAUUUUCAGAAGUCACCAAUUAGUGCAAAGUCUGAAAGCAGUACCUUCCUCUCACAUGAGAGCACAGAUCCAGUAAUUAACAAUUUAAUGCAAACGAUCUUGGCUGAAAUAGAAAGUGAAAGAGAUAUUCCAACAGUCUCAGCAGUACAGAAAGACCACAGGGAGAUGGAAAAACAAAGGUGGGAGCAAUAUUUGCAAGAGGGUCAAGAACAAAUGUCUGGCAUGAGUCUCAAACAGCAGUUCCUGGAAGAAAGAAAUCUUUUGAAGGAGCACUAUGAGAAGAUAAGUGAGAAUUGGGAAGAGAAAAAGGCACAGCUCCAGAUGAAGGAGGGAAAGCAAGAACAACAGAAACAGAAACAGUGGCAGAAAGAAGAGAUGUGGAAGAAAGAGCAAAAACAGACAACUCCAAAGCAGGCUGAGCAAGAGGAGAAGCAAAAGCAAAGAGGACAGGAGGAAGAAGAGCUUCCAAAGUCAGGUCUGCAGCGACUGGAAGAAGGGACCCAAAAAAUGAAAGCACAAGGGUUGUUCUUGGAAAAGGAGAAUGGACAGAUGAGGCAGAUUGAGAAGGAAGUGAAACAUCUGGGGCCAAACAUGAGAAGGGAGAAAGGGAAGGAAAAGCAGAAGCCAGAGAGAGGGCUGGAGGACCUCGAAAGGCAGACCAAAACAAAGGAUCAGAUGCAGAUGAAGGAAACACAACCUAAAGAGCUAGAAAAACUGGUCAUCCAAACUCCAGUGACAUUAUCUCCCAGGUGGAAGAGUGUAUUGAAAGAUGUACAGUGGUUAUAUGAAGGAAAAGAGUUUCAUGGGAAUCUGAAGACAUUAGAGAAUCUUCCUGAUGAAAAGGAGCCCAUAUCAAUCACACCUCCCCACUCCCCACAGCCCUCCUCGCCUGGAGCUCUUCCUACUUCUGGACAGCCUCUCACUAAAUGCAUUCAUCUCACACCUCAGCAGGCCCAGGAAGUGGGGAUCCCUCUCACCCCUCAGCAGGCCCAGGCUCAGGGAAUCACUCUCACCCCUCAGCAGGCUCAGGCCCUGGGGAUCCCUCUCACCCCUCAGCAGGCUCAGGAAUUGGGAAUCCCUCUCACCCCUCAGCAGGCUCAGGAAUUGGGGAUCCCUCUCACCCCUCAGCAGACCCAGGCUCAGGGGAUCCCUCUCACCCCUCAGCAGGCUCAGGAAUUGGGAAUCCCUCUCACCCCUCAGCAGGCUCAGGAAUUGGGAAUCCCUCUCACCCCUCAGCAGGCUCAGGCCCUGGGGAUCCCUUUCACCCCUCAGCAGGUGCAGGCUCAGGGGAUCCCUCUCACCCCUCAGCAGGCUCAGGAAUUGGGGAUCCUUCUCACCCCUCAGCAGGCCCAGGCUCAGGGGAUAACUCCCACCCCUCAGCAGGCCCAGGAAUUGGGGAUCCCUCUCACCCCUCAGCAGGCCCAGGCUCAGGGAAUCACUCUCACCCCUCAGCAGGCUCAGGCCCUGGGGAUCCCUCUCACCCCUCAGCAGGCUCAGGAAUUGGGAAUCCCUCUCACCCCUCAGCAGACCCAGGCUCAGGGGAUCCCUCUCACCCCUCAGCAGGCUCAGGAAUUGGGAAUCCCUCUCACCCCUCAGCAGGCUCAGGAAUUGGGAAUCCCUCUCACCCCUCAGCAGGCUCAGGCCCUGGGGAUCCCUUUCACCCCUCAGCAGGUGCAGGCUCAGGGGAUCCCUCUCACCCCUCAGCAGGCCCAGGCUCAGGGAAUCACUCUCACCCCUCAGCAGGCCCAGGCUCAGGGAAUCACUCUCACCCCUCAGCAGGCCCAGGAAUUGGGGAUCCCUCUCACCCCUCAGCAGGUGCAGGCUCAGGGGAUCCCUCUCACCCCUCAGCAGGCUCAGGAAUUGGGAAUCCCUCUCACCCCUCAGCAGGCUCAGGAAUUGGGAAUCCCUCUCACCCCUCAGCAGGCUCAGGCCCUGGGGAUCCCUCUCACCCCUCAGCAGGCCCAGGAAUUGGGGAUCCCUCUCACCCCUCAGCAGGUGCAGGCUCAGGGGAUCCCUCUCACCCCUCAGCAGGCUCAGGAAUUGGGAAUCCCUCUUACCCGUCAGCAGGCUCAGGCCCUGGGGAUCCCUCUCACCCCUCAGCAGGCCCAGGAAUUGGGGAUCCCUCUUACCCGUCAUCAGGCUCAGGCCCUGGGGAUCCCUCUCACCCCUCAGCAGGCUCAGGAAUUGGGGAUCCCUCUCACCCGUCAGCAGGCUCAGGCCCUGGGGAUCUCUCUCACCCCUCAGCAGGCUCAGGCCCUGGGGAUCCCUCUCACCCCUCAGCAGGCCCAGGCUCAGGGAAUCACUGUCACCCCUCAGCAGGCUCAGGAAUUGGGAAUCCCUCUCACCCCUCAGCAGGUGCAGGCUCAGGGGAUCCCUCUCACCCCUCAGCAGGCCCAGGAAUUGGGGAUCCCUCUCACCCCUCAGCAGGCUCAGGAAUUGGGGAUCCCUCUUACCCGUCAGCAGGCCCAGGAAUUGGGGAUCCCUCUCACCCCUCAGCAGGCUCAGGAAUUGGGGAUCCCUCUCACCCCUCAGCAGGCCCAGGAAUUGGGGAUCCCUCUCACCCCUCAGCAGGCUCAGGAAUUGGGGAUCCUUCUCACCCCUCAGCAGGCCCAGGCUCAGGGGAUCCCUCUCACCCCUCAGCAGGCCCAGGCACUGGGAAUCCCCAUCACCCCAGUAAAUGCCUGGGUGUCAGCUGUCACUCUUACUCCUGAGCAAACCCAGGUUUUGGAGUCCCCUAUCAACUUAGAACAGGCUCAAGAACAGUUAUCGAAGUUAGGGGUUCCUCUCACCUUAGAUAAAGCCCAUACCUUGGGAUCGCCCCUCACCCUUAAGGAAGUCCAGUGGUCCCAUAAACCAUUUCAGAAACCGAAGGCUUCUCUCCCCACUGGGCAAUCCAUCAUAUCAAGAUUGUCUCCAAGCCUUAGGCUGUCCCUGGCAUCAUCAGUUCCUACUGCUGAGAAGUCCUCUAUAUUGCAGAUAUCAACGGUUCCCCUCAACCAAGGCCCCUUUGCCCCUGGGAAGCCCCUAGAAAUGGGGAUUCUUUCUGAGCCUGGGAAGCUUGGGGCACCACAGACUCUUCAUUCCUCUGGACAGACCCUGGUAUAUGGAGGUCAAUCCACUUCUGCGCAGUUCCCGGCACCACAGGCCCCUCCCACCCCUGGGCAGCUGCGAAUAUCUGGGGCCCCUCCCACUCCAGGGCAGCCCUUUGUAGCUGGAGUCCCACCCGCUUCUGGACAGAUUCCAAGUCUCUGGGCUCCUCUUUCUCCUGGGCAGCACUUAGUUCCUGAAGCCUCUGCCAUCCCUGGGGACCUCCUGGAAUCUGGACCCUUAACCUUCUCUGAGCAGCUCCAGGAAUUCCAGCCUCCUGCCACUGCUGAACAAUCUCCCUGUCUGCAGGCUCCUUCUACCUCUGGGCAGCAUCUGGCACCAUGGACCCUUCCUGGGCGAGCUUCUUCAUUAUGGAUCCCUCCCACCUCUAGACAUCCUCCCACACUCUGGCCUCCCCCAACCCCUGGAAAGCCCCAGAAAGGUUGGUCCCCUUCUGUUGCUAAGCAAAGAUUGGCAAUUAUUUCUUCUCUGACAUCUAAAUCAGCACUGAUCCAUCCUCGUGCUCCAGCUUUCAAGGUAGCUCAAGUUCCUUUCACCACUAAGAAGUUCCAAAUGCCGGAGGCCUCUGACACUUCCGAAGAAACCCAGAUACUUCGAGAUCCUUUUGCUAUGGAAUCAUUUAGAACAUUUCAGUCCCAUCUCACCAAAUACAGGACCCCAGUAUCCCAAACCCCUUACACUGGUGAAGGGGCCCUUCCCACUCUCAUGAAGCCUACAUCACUAUCUUCUCUCACUACUCUACUCAAAACAUCACAGAUUUCACCUUUGGAAUGGUACCAGAAAUCCCGAUUCCCUCCUAUAGACAAGCCCUGGAUACUGAGUUCAGUUUCAGGUACCAAGAAACCCAAAAUAAUGGUGCCCCCUUCCUCUCCUCAAGAACUUGAAGAAAAGAGGUAUUUUGUUGAUGUGGAAGCUCAGAAGAAGAACCUGAUACUAUUAAAUCAGGCUAUAAAAACUUGUGGACUCCCUUCACAGCUGCACACAAUGGCUAGGACUCUCAUAAUUGAGAUACUUCAUACGGACUCGGUUCAGUUGGGAUACCUAUUCCGCAAGUACAUUGCCUACAGGCUGAUCCAGUAUGCCAGGAACAACAUAGUGAAACGACUAAAAGCCAUCCAAAAUACUGGGAAAGGCUAUGAGGCCAGGAACCUCCACGUGAUGCUGAGCAGACUUGAUGAUUAUGGGAAAAAGGUGAUGCGGGUCUGGACCGAGAAGCAGAAGUCUCUAGGGCAGAAACGGAAUCAGUGCCUGAAGAAAAUGAUACAUGUAUUCAACCAGCUCAAAAAGAUAUAUGAAUUGAAUCUUAGUCAACCUAUCCCCUUAAUCAUCGAAGAAAAGCAGAUACCUGCCUCUACCACAUUUGUUCAAAAGCCAUUCUUAAAAUUACUAGUGGAAGAGGACAGAACCUCUGACAUAUUCAAGAAAUUUAGACAACCAGAGGACCAGACAGAGGCCAUCUGGAAUGUUGAUCUGUCCACUUCAAGCUACCCAAUAGCAGAGAAGACAUCUAUGCAUAUGCAUUCACUCUGGGCCCAGCUGGGUGGGUACCCAGAUAUUCCCAGGCUGCUUCAGUUAGAAGUGCAGUCUACCUUCCGAAAAUCUCUUGCAUCCCUCCAAUCACAGGUUAAGAAGAUUCCCAAAUGA